GGACAGGGUUGAGGAGAGGAAGGCGAUGCGACGGACAGGCGCACCCACUCAGGUUGACUCUCGGGGGCGAGGUCGAGCCAGGGGCGGCUGCCCUGGGGUCGAGGCGACGCUGUCUCUUCCUCCACCUCGCGGCGGAACCCGAGGACAGGAGCCUCAGAUGAAAGAAACUAUCAUGAACCAAGAGAAACUCGCCAAACUGCAGGCACAAGUCCGCAUUGGUGGGAAAGGAACUGCUCGCAGAAAGAAGAAGGUCGUUCAUAGAACAGCUACUGCAGAUGAUAAAAAACUUCAGUUCUCCUUAAAGAAAUUAGGGGUAAACAAUAUCUCUGGUAUUGAAGAGGUUAAUAUGUUUACAAACCAAGGAACAGUGAUCCACUUUAACAACCCUAAAGUUCAGGCAUCUCUGGCAGCGAACACUUUCACCAUUACAGGCCAUGCUGAGACCAAGCAGCUGACAGAAAUGCUACCCAGCAUCUUAAACCAGCUUGGCGCAGACAGUCUGACUAGUUUAAGGAGACUGGCUGAAGCUCUGCCCAAACAAUCUGUCGAUGGAAAAGCACCACUUGCUACUGGAGAGGAUGAUGAUGAUGAAGUUCCAGAUCUUGUGGAGAAUUUUGAUGAGGCUUCCAAGAAUGAGGCAAACUGAAUUGAGUCACCUUCUGAAGAAGAUAGAACUUGAAGUUACUUGGAGCUGCUAUUUUAUAUUAUGACUGCUUUUUAAAGUUGUUUUGUUUAUGGAUCUAAUAAAAUCUAGAUCUCUAAUAUUUUUAAGCUCAAGCCCCUUGGACACUGCAGCUCUUUUCAGUUUUUUGCUUAUACAGUUUCAUUCUUUGCAGCUAAUGAAGCUGAAAAAAGCCUAGGAAUAAAGUUUAAAAACAAAGAUUAAUAAAGUUCUUUGCCUAGUAUACAGUGUUUAUUUUUUUAUUUUAUUGACACUGAUUUGUACACAGCAAAGUUUUUUAUAGGAAGCUAAUUUUGGCAUGUACUGUGGCUGAUAACCUUGGAUGGAAUUUGGUUAAAGAUUUAGAAUCACAGUGUAAUGUAACAAAGGUUGUAUAAAUUUCUCAUGUUUGAAUUUUUUUUUCUCCAGCAGAUAGGGCUUCCAUGGUUUGUGUCAUGGGUGUAAUUAUAAAAUGAGAAUAAAAGAUUCGUUGGUGGGUA